AUGACUUUCCCCACUCAGCCCGUCUUCGUCUACGAAGGGACCUGGUCCGCCGAAAUGCGAGCCCACCCUGCAAUGGACUGGAUGUACAAUUUCACCAGCAACAUCUUCGACAACCGCGCUUGGGAUAUUCCCACUGAACAAUACCUAACCGAAGACUUCGUCCUUAAGAAAUCAGACGGCACCGAGGUCCACGGUCGCGAAGCCGCCUGGGCAGCCGACAAAGCACUCUAUGCUCCCUUCACUGCCCAUAAGCACGAACCCCGAGGCUUGAUGUGCGCCGAGAACGCCGAAGGAUGGGAGAUGGUGGGACGCGCGAAUCUGUAUGUCAACCUUCCAGGCGCCCCAAGCGAGGGUGAGAAGAAGGUCAAAGAUCUCGACGGUAAAGAGUGGGAUGCGGUUUGUGCGGGAAUGUUCCGGUUCUUGUAUGUCAAGGAUGAGUCCGGGUUUCAAGGCAUUAAGUUGAAGAGAACGGAGGUCUGCUCUGACCCUCUUCCAGCACUUGGGCUCAUGCUCAAGAGGGGUGUUGUCACACCUGAGCAGCUGUUGUCAGGGUAG